AUGUCUUCGGCCCUGCAUCCCACGGAAACUGAAUGGGAAGCUUACCGAGAGGUGCUCCAGAAAUUAUGGAUGCAGCUGCCUAUGAAACAGGUUAUAAAGGAAAUGGAAAGCAAAUAUCAAUUUUCAGCCUCGUACGAUCCUGAGAAAGGUGUCGCUUGGUGGGAGACACAAUACCAGCGUCAAUUUCGUAAAUGGGGUUUUCGCAAGAACCUUUCAGAUCAGGAGUGGAAGAUAGUCAAUUACAAGGUCAAGGCACGUGAGCAGCACGGUCGGAGCAGUAUACUCUGUUUUGGGGAAACGUUGAUAUCCGACGCAAAGAUGCGGAAAGAAAUAGCACGUCACGCGCCCACUGCUUAUGAAGCUGCUCUGUGGAGGAUUGGCCCAGCUCCCCAGACUCCCGAGGAAAUAUCGAUACGUACCCCUGCAUCUGAGAUACACCCUGGAACUCCCUGCCAAAAUCAAAAUGAACUUAUUACACAAGACCCAGCCGAAUUAAGCGAGAAGAUCGCAGAACUACAACAGCUUAUAAGCCUACAUAGGGCGGAUGGAGGUCACGAAAGGGCAAAUGAACUCUGCGGUGACCUGAUGCAGAUCUUGGAUGAUGCGGAACGGCUUAGGCCUGACAAAGUUAUUUUUAUCGUUUUCGAGGAUGCUGAGCCUGUGGACACUCAUACAGUACUGUCAAGGUUUGAAGAACUUCUUCGGCGGUCCCCUAUUCAUCACGAUAUUGGAUAUAUACCCACUCUUGAUAUCUCUGUCGGAUAUAUUUCGUUCCUCUUCACUGUCGCGACUGCGGAGAUGAAAGAGCCUCGUGAUAUGGCUAUGGUGUUGCUGUCCCUUACCAAAGCCAGAUCCCUCCUAGACGAUAUAGUUGGGGAAUACUUCGCCGAAGAUGUCAAACAAACGGUUUUACCUCCACUGAUUGACAGUUUUCGGAAGCCACCUGUGCCGUCAAAGGAAGACAUUCUGCCCUUAGACGCUCUAAUGGAUCAGAUAGUAAGCACAUGCAUGAAAGAGCCUUUGUUGGCGACAGUCAUAUUUUAUACGACAGAACACAGCGACCUAUGGCGUGACUACACGGUGCGGAAAGAUCUAGACGACAUGGAAAAAGAAGGACUUCUUGCUUCCAGGGUGAAUGCAGACGGAGAACGUAUGUACCGCUUAACUGAACUCGGCAAAAGUGCGCGGCGUCAAUUACUUCAUGCGGACGAAGGAUGA